AUAGAUACGUAGUACAAGUACACUCGUAAAAUGAGCUUCUAUUGUGAAAUGUCCAUUGUCCACUAUAUACUUACGAGCAGGCCGUAUUUCUAGAACACCUUUCGACAAUUCUUUUUCAGUGAAGUGAUUCCCAUUGAAUAUUGAACAUGGCGCAAAAAGUGACAGUUACAGUGAACGAGGGUAGAGUUCGAGGAGUCAAGAAAGUGUCCAAAUUCUCCGGUGCAGAAUACUAUUCAUUUUUUGGUAUCCCCUAUGGACAAAAUACACGCGGAUCAAUGCGAUUGAAGGACCCAGUCAAAGCGAAACCCUGGGAUGGAAUUUUAGACGCUAGUGUUGAAAAAAAAGAAGGAUGUUUGCAGUAUUCGUAUAUUCGGAAAAAUAUCAUCGGUUCAGAAGACUGUCUUUAUAACAAUAUCCACACCCCAAGUCUGCCUUCAAAAAAUGAUGCUUUAAAGGCUGUAAUCGUCCUUGUACAUCCAGGAGGACUAAGUCACGGUUCGCCUGAAACUUGGCAUUAUGGAUCGCCUGAUUAUAUUAUGCAUUUAGAUGUCGUAUAUGUUGGCAUAGCACAUCGAUUACAUUUUCUAGGGUUUCUGAAUCUGGGAUUGGACGAAUGUUCGGGCAACCAGGGAUUAAAAGAUAUUAUCCUCGGACUAGAAUGGAUCAGAGAUAAUAUUUCGGUUUUCGGAGGCGAUCCAAAUAAUGUGACUUUACUAGGAAGUAGUAGUGGAGCUGCACUUGUACAUAAUUUGAUGCUAUCUUCUCGGGCUCAAGGAUUAUUUCACAAAGCUGUAAUGAUGAGUGGUUACUUCUUUAAUCCUCUGCGCUGCACUCAAGAAGAGAAUAUCACCAAUAGCGUGAAAAUAGCUGAGAACCUAGAGUACGACGUACCUGAUAAAUCAGAUAGAAGAAAAUUACUUUCAAUUUACAGAAAAAUAAGAGCUGAAAAACUUGUAGAAUACAGGCCAGAUCGAAAACUCAACACAGUUAUAGGUACACCAUUUCCUGUAUCACCUUUCAUGCCCACUGUAGACCAUCGAGAAAACGGCGUGCAUCCCGAACAUUUCCGCAAAUCCAUACCAUCAACAGCUCGAGUACCUGUACUUUAUGGAAUCUGCGAAAAAGAAUCUGUGGCAGCAUUCUGCAGGGGCAUGCGUCAAGCCACAAUGACAAAUUUUAUAGGAUCAAUUCGUAACAACCAUUACGGAUGGGGAUACGACAUCACCGAUGACGAGAUUCAAUACAUUAAAAAACGAUCCGGAGAUUUCUACUGGAAAGGACAAAACAUUAAGUCGGCUCCUUUAUCAAUAUUAAUUGACGUUUAUACAGAUCUAGCUAAUUCAGACUUAUACAACACUUUGCUCAAUGUGAUGGCUAAGGAUUUGCCUGAGUCUGUUUACGUUUACAAAUUUACUUUCGAAGGAAAUGCCAACAGCCUAAAAGAGAAAUUAAAUGUGCUGUUCGAGGAACCCGUACAAGGAACGUUUCACGCAACUGACUUCAACUAUUGGACCCCAAUAGUUUUGGCUGGAGACGAGCCGAACCGCAAACUCACCAAAGAAACAGUACAAAUGAUCCGUACUUUCACGAAAAUGAUCGCAAAAUUCGCUAAAACUGGUAAUCCUAAUACUGAAGAACUCAAAGCUUACUGGGCUCCUUCAACGGUUGAUAAACCAUGUUACAUGCAAAUAAACAGCGAAAGCAGACUGAUAGAAGGCAAAUUGAACGGUGAAAGAACAGAGUUUUGGGAAAACUUGAAGCACGAGUUGAGAAAAGAUUAUUAGAUUGAUUCGUAUUCAAAUAUAAAGACUUCAGUUUCUUUCGUCAA